GGCUGCAGGACCAUGGCUGGGCGAGGGACUGUCCAGCUCCUCUUCUUGUGUCUAACGCCAGCUCUGCUGGAGGCUGUGCGGAUCAAUGCAAAGAGCCAGCAGGUGCUGUACCUGGCCCAGGGGGACUCUGUGAGGCUGGGCUGCCCCUAUAUCCUGGAGCCUGAGGACAAUGGACCCACCAACCUGGACAUCAUAUGGACCAUGGUGAACCCUGACCAGAGGCUGCCGUUCCUGAUCUACCAGGACCAGAGGAUCAGGUACGGCAGUGCCCCAGGCCUGCAGCAGAGGGUGUCAUUUGUGGCCCAGGACCCAAGCCUCUAUGAUGCCUCCAUCCUUCUGGCAAACCUGCAGAUGUCAGACUCGGCCACCUACGAGUGCAGGGUGAAGAAAGCCACUGUCGACACCCACCAGGUCACCGUUACUGUGCUCGAGAAGCCGGCCACCCCUCGGUGCUGGAUGGACGGGGAGCCGGUCAGGGGCGGCGACCUCAUGCUUAGGUGCUACUCUGACGGGGGCUCCCUUCCCCUCUCCUACCAGUGGUCCAAGAUGGGAGGGGACUAUGCCAUGGGCUGGCUGCCCCCCAGAACAGUGCAGGGGCAAGCCUCUGGGGACCUGAUGAUCCAGAGCCUGUCGCAGGAGCACUCCGGGACCUACUGCUGCCGCGUGACCAACAGGGUGGGCUACAGCCAGUGCAUGGUGCGCGUCUCCGUCCCUCGCCCCGGCUACACAGGUUCAAGGAACGUGGGGCUCAUUGUGGGCUCUGUCCUGGGGGCCAUUUUCCUUCUGAUCCUGCUGCUCUCGAUCCUCUGGGCCCUCCUGUGGUACUGCAGACGGAGGCAGUGCCAGCCUGUGGUGCCCAUCGAGAUCAGAGACAGUGCCCCUUCUGGCCCAUGCAGAAGUGGUCACCUGCACCCCUACCACGGCAGCGCGCAGCACGUCAGCUACACGCCGUGCCAGAAGUAGCGCUCCCAGGGGCGGGGAGGAGAGCACCCCCUGCAAGCAGCGGGACUCCCAGCUACGCUCCAGCUCCAAGCAACCCAGGAAGCAAGAACCUCCCCGCUGUGUGCCCAGCCCCACGGCUCCAUCCACCCUCUGUGCAGAUCCAGGGAGCUCCGACGCUGCUCCUGCCCACGGGAAGCCCAUGAACAAUCCCAGCCACUUCGGGGGCAUCCCCAAGAUGGCACCAACGCAGGGCAGGGCUCUUGGGUUGAGCUCCCAGGGCAGUAGCAACAUUCAGGGUCCCAGCGCUGACCUUUGUGCCUCUUUCACAGGAUUGCUGAGCCCUUUCCCCAUUUCUGCCUGUGGGGAGUGGGAGAACCCCUCACCCGUGGCAUAGCCACCCCCACGGCUAGGGAGACUCCUUAAUGCACACAAACAAGGCCUAGAGCUGGUAAUACUCCCCCCCACACACACACAGUGGGGUGAGCUGUAUCACGACAUGUCAGGAUGUGUGUCGUGACAUGA